GCAGGUCGUUUUCUGCCAGCGGAACGCAGGGGCUGGAACCUUCAGGCGUGGGGGGGACCAGAGAGGAACGGACACACGGCCCGGCAGUUGCUUGGUAACGCCCGCUGGAGGAGUCCCUGCGUAAUAAGGUCCCCGAGAAGUGUCACUGGCCCUGAUUGGGACCCCGUACGUAGCCGGUUCUCUCCCCGGUAGCGGCCUGCCCCCGCUGCUUGGCGGGCUAGGACAGGGGAAAUGUUGCAGGAGGAGUCGGAUCUCGCUCUCAUUAUUGCCCAGAUAGUCCAAAAGCUCAAGGGCUCCAAUUUGUACGCUCAGUUGGAACGGCAGGCCUGGGCCAGUCUUCAGAGACCUGAGAUUAAACUUGAAUCACUAAAAGAAGAUAUUAAGGAAUUCUUUAAAAUAUCAGGUUGGGAGAAGAAACUUCAGAAUGCUGUGUACAGUGAACUGAGUGUGUUUCCUUUACCCAGUCAUCCUGCUGCACCUCCUGAACAUCUUAAAGAACCUUUGGUAUACAUGAGGAAAGCACAGGGAAGUUGGGAAAAAAGAAUUUUGAAGAGUUUAAAUAGUAUGUGCACUGAAUUGAGUAUCCCAUUGGCACGAAAGAGGCCAGUUGGAGAACAGAAAGAACUUCUCAAUAAAUGGAAUGAAAUGGGAACUGAUGAGCCAGAUUUAAGCCUUUUCAGGCCUGUUUAUGCACCUAAGGAUUUUCUCGAGGUUUUAAUUAAUCUUCGCAACCCAAAUUAUGAAAAUGGUGAUUCUCAUAGUUUCAGGACUCAUUUGGGUUUAAUCCAAGUUCCUCUCAAAGUAAAAGACAUCCCUGAAUUGAAAGAAUUCUUUGUGGAACUUGGCUUAACUGCAGGGCAACUUGGUAUAGAUGACUCUACACAAGUGCCUCCUGAACUUUUUGAAAAUGAGCAUGUACGUAUUGGGCAAAAAGUUCUAUCAGAACAAGAUAGUGCUGCUGCUCAACAGUAUAUCAGACAAGGAAGUCCCACAGCACUGAGAGCUGAAUUAUGGGCUCUCAUUUUGAAUAUUUCCAGCCAACCUGAGGAUAUCUUGUAUUAUGAGCAGCUUAAGACUAAUGUGAUACAACAUGACCUUUUGGUGGACAGUUUAAUUUAUAAAGAUGUGAAAUUGACAGCAAGCAAUGAUGAUUAUUAUUUUGUAUUUGAAGAUUACUUGUAUCAGGUAUUACUUUGUUUCUCCCGAGAUACAUCUGUGUUGGGUCACUUUGCAUACAACAGUGCUUCACCACCGAAAUCAUACAUAAGAGGAAAACUAGGACUAGAAGAAUAUGCUGUCUUUUAUCCACCAAAUGGUGUAAUCCCCUUUCAUGGAUUUUCAAUGUAUGUUGCACCACUUUGUUUUCUGUACCAUGAACCUUCCAAAUUGUAUCAGAUAUUCCGUGAGAUGUAUGUGCGUUUUUUCUUCAGACUUCAUUCCAUCUCUUCUCAUCCUUCUGGUAUCGUGUCACUCUGUCUGCUGUUUGAAACUCUUCUUCAAACUUAUCUCCCCCAACUCUUUUAUCAUCUACGAGAAAUUGGGGCUCAACCACUUCGCAUAUCAUUUAAAUGGAUGGUUCGAGCUUUCUCUGGAUACUUAGCUACAGAUCAACUCUUGCUUUUGUGGGAUAGAAUCCUAGGGUACAACUCUCUGGAAAUUCUUGCUGCAUGACUUCAGUUGAAAAUAUCCCAGGACUCCCCUGGUGGCACAGUGGUUAAGAAUCCACCUGCCAAUGCAGGGAACACAGGUUCGAGCCCUGGUCUGGGAAGAUCCCAUGUGCUGUGGAGCAACUAAGCCCGUGGGCCACAACUACUGAGCCUGCACUCUAGAGGCCGCGAGCCACAACUACUGAAGCCAGCGUGCCUAGAGCCCAUGCUCCGCAACAAGAGAAGCCACCACAAUGAGAAGCCUGCGCACUGCAACAAAGAGUAGCCCCCGCUCGCUGCAACUAGAGAAAGCCCACACUCAGCAAUGAAGACCCAACACAGCCAAAAAAAAAAAAAUUUUUUUUAAUUAAAAAAGAAAAUAUCCCAAAGUAUAGACCUGUUUUCCUUGGCAAAUAAACCAGCUGUGAGGAAGUACUGGGCAAAGCAAUCAUGAAGCAGACGGAAAGGAACUUCUGUGAUGUGACACCAAGAUAAAUAAAGGUUGUGAGCACAUAAGCAUUUUGGAUGCUGAAGUCAAUUAGUAACUACUCUUUUAUUCCCCCUCUUAUCUGCCUUUGGAAAAACUAUAUAUUUCCCACCAUGUAAAACUCUUUCCUGCUACAGCGGAAAAUUUGACCAUCCUGUCAAGCUUUCACCAACUCCGUUAAAUUAUACUCAAAAAAGGAAAUAGUGACCACAACCCUUAGCUCCUAAAAUGUCUCCAUUUUCAAAUAUGAUUCCAGAUAUUAGAAAACUAUAAAGAAGUUGUUGGUUCACAGGAAUGGUUUUCUUUGAUAUUCUUGUAAAAAUGGAAGCUGAGGGACUUUAGGUACUUAAGUUUUCUCCAUUUCAAUUAAAGGGUAAAUUCUUUGCCCCAGGUCUCUUAUAUCCCUUGUUACAUAUUAAAUAAUCCCAGCUGAUGACUUUUUAAAUUUUGUUUUACCACUACCAUGUAUUUUUCUCCCAGAAUUUUCCUUACUAGUUCUAAUGCUUUUUUUGACAAACUGUCCAAAAUCUGUUGUCCCCUCGAAAAAUGCCUGUGCUUCCCAGUCACUCGGCCUCUAUCUGGGGAAAUUAAGAGACCUGUAUCCUGACUUCUACUCCAUAGGCAUGACCCCUAUCAGGUGGUCCAGAGCCCAGGACCACCAUGCAUCAUCCUUCAGGCCAUCUCUGGAAAACCAUUCUUUUUUUUUUUUAAAUUGAAGUAUAGUUAUUUACAAUGUUGGGUUAAUUUCUUCUGUACAGCAAAGUGACUCAGUUAUACAUGUAUAUACAGUCUUUUUUAUAUUCUUUUCCAUUAUGGUUUCUGCCAGGGGAAAACUAUUCUGAGAGACAAAAGAGAAGGUGAUUCUUAGGAAAGCACACAGAUUUCUAUAUCAGGGAUGAGUCAUUACUGCUUACCUUCAAUCUCAAAAAUGUCAUCACAUAGUGGUUAAAUGCUUGAGCUCUAGGGCCAGAGUUGAGUAGUCACUCUACUAUUUUCUACCUGUGUGACUCUGAAUAUGUCAUCCAAACUCACAGUGCCUCAGUUUCUACAUUAGUAAAAUGGGGCUAACAAUAGUACUUAACUCAUUUUUGGUAUUAGAAUUAACUGCUAUUAUCAUUAUUAUUACUUCCACAGUAAAAAUAUAUUUUUUAAAAAAAUUUGCAUUAUCUAUGCAAUAUACUUAGGAACGAGUCUUCCAAAUAAUUUUAAAGAUUCCUUACCAUUCAUUUUCUAAACUUUAAGGACUUGUUGGGUAGGGAAUGUACUACCACUACUGGUGAUGAAAAAAAUGGGGAGAAGUCAAGAGUCACCUCCAGGCAGUACCGUUUCCUUAUCAGAGUUGCCUGAACCUAUUACAUGGUCCUUCCAUUGUUCAUGAUGACUCAUUCACUUUCACAAAGUUUUAUGGUAGAUUAUGUAAUAAGACAUAACUCAUGUCAGCAUUACUCUCUGUUCAUAUGCAGAUGAUUAAUGGGAACAAAAAUCCAAAUGUUUUCUAGUCAGUAUAUAUUAUUGACCUUCAGGAUGUUCUAUAAUGGUUUGGUUUAUUUUCUUUUCAAAGUUUCAACUUCUUUUUCUGUGGCCAAUAUUAAUGUAAAUGUCAGGAUCAAUCCCACAGUAGCCCGCCCCACAGACGUAUCCAUUUAUGACACUCUAAGAAAGUCAAUGCUGAGCGUAAAAAUAUAAAUAUAACAAAAUAGUAUAAAAAUAUUUUUAAGGAAAGAAUUUAUUGCCACAUUUUUAUCAGGAUACCUCCUUGAUACAUAUGAAACAUCAUCUGAUAUAUUUAAAAAUUCAGUCUGCAUAUAACUUCUCAGAAGCCUCUCCAUUGCAUCAGUAAGAAACACCUGCAUCAAAAUAAAUCUUUAUUUAUAAGAUAGUCAUUAGAUCUUCAUGCCAUUUAAAAAUUGUUACAAUUGAAGUUAUAGGUAUGAAACAAUUUAUAAAAUGGCUUUUUUAAAACCACUAAAAUUCCCUUUUUCCCAAAACUGCACCAUCAAGCCACUGUUCUCCAGAGGAGACAAUUUCCAUUCAUCACAAGGCCUUAACUCAGAAUGCAGGAUACAGUUGUGAAGCACUAAUUCUGAGCCCUCAUCGUGGGUUGUGGGCAUAGCAGUAAAUUGCCUGGCUGAUGAGUAGACCAGACCAGCAGUUGAAAUAGUGUGCAUU